AUGCAAAAACCGGGGGCUUCAAUUUUGUUUCACUUUAUUACAACAUAGAUUCCAGUGGAUUCUAAUUAUAAAUUUAACGUUUCAAAUUUAACAAUUGGAUUCGUACGGAUCUCAGGAGCGAAAUGGAUGAUCCCUUCGUGUCAUGCCCUUACAAUCCAAUUCACCGCGUACCAAGAUCACGGCUGCAGCGCCAUAUUGUCAAAUGUGAAUGGAUAAACCCAACAAUGAUUGCGUGCCCUUACAACGCAACACACAGGUAUACCCAGGAAGACAUGAAGUUUCACGUAUUGAACUGCCCUUCUAAGACCUCUAUAUUUCCGAUAGAGAAGCCUCCAAAAACAGUAGCCUCGAUCACCACUCCCAAGAUAAUAUUGCAGAAAGAAUAUUUACCAGAAACUGACCCAAACCAUGAAAUUUGGGAUGACUGAUUCAUUAGUUCUUAUAUAGAUAAAUAUGGAAAACUAUUUGAUCUAACUAUAUAAACAUACUGCUGAGUAUAUUGUAAUCCACAGAUUUGUAGUACAAUUAACAAUUUAAUUUCAAAAAAGUAUUUAUAUAUCAAUAAGUGCAGAAGGGCACAUGUUUUUUUAUAUUUACUGUUGUCUAUCUGAAUAUUAUUUAAAAAACUUAGUGAUGGUAUUCAUAC